AUUGCUCCGAGAUGUCGUCGGAACUGAAGUGCGACCCCAUUCUGGACCAUCAGCAGUCUAGGCUUCGGCGAAAUUAGUGGUUUGAGAAGCCCUGUCAUACGCACAUGAAGGUGACCGAGGCCAGUACGAUCGGCAAGAUGCCUGGUCGUCCCAACAUCCUAUUCAUCAUGGCUGACGACCACGCUGCGAAAGCCAUUUCAGCCUAUGGUCAUGGAUUGAAUCACACACCACACCUUGACUCUAUUGCGCAGAAUGGAAUGUUGUUCAAUCACUGCUAUGUGACCAAUUCCAUCUGUACACCCUCUCGAGCUACCAUCUUGACGGGUGUGCACAAUCACAUCAAUAUGGUUCAAACGUUGGAAUCGGCCAUCGAUAACAACCUUCCAAAUGUAGCCAAGCAGCUUAGGACUUAUGGAGACUACCAGACUGCCAUCAUUGGGAAAUGGCAUCUGGGUGAGGGAAAAUCUCACGAACCGAGUGGAUUCGAUUACUGGGAAGUCAUACCUGGUCAAGGGGUUUAUUUCGACCCAGACUUCAUCACGCCAAAAGGUAGACAUAUCGAAAAGGGAUACGUGACCGAUCUUAUCACGGACAAGACCAUCAACUUCAUAGAACAGAGGGACAAGGACAGGCCAUUCUUCGUCAUGUGUCAUCACAAGGCGCCACAUAGAGAAUGGGUGUGCCAUCCUAAACAUGCUCAUCUCUACUCUGAUCCUAUCAAAGUCCCGACAACGUACGAUGACGACUACGCCAAUCGAGCCGCUGCGGCGGGAGCCGCGAGUAACAAGGUCAAGGUGAACAUGACGUACGAGGAUCUAGGUCUGAGCCAGCCCGAAGGUGGGGAGAGCGUCGGGUUCUGUCAGAGCGAAGACUGGGGCGUAGCGGGUGGAUUGAAACAAGUCCCCUUCCCCGAUGACGACCAUCUGAAGGGUCUGGUCUUGGUUGAUCGGAACACAGGGGAGAGAUUCACCUUCAAGAGUCAGAAGGAGCUUGCAGAAUUCAAAUACCAGAGGUAUAUGCAGAGGUACCUCAGGACUAUACAAUCCGUGGACGACAGUGUUGGCCGUUUACUCGAGACGCUGGACAAGGAGGGUCUUACUGACAAUACGAUGGUCAUCUACACGUCUGACCAAGGGUUCUUCUUGGGUGACCAUGGCUGGUUCGACAAGCGCUUUAUCUAUGAGGAGAGCUUCCAGAUGCCAUUCCUCAUCCAGGGUCCAGGGAUCAAACCAGGCUCCGUCUGCAACGACAUCAUCUCCAAUGUGGAUUUUGCCGCCACGUGGUUAGAUUUCGCUGGCAUCCCUCAACCGUCCUAUAUGCAAGGAGAGACGUUCCUACCGAUGCUGCGUGGAGUGUCUCCGCCUCAAGAUGAAUGGGCAGUGGCGUACCAUCGUUAUUGGAUGCACGGAGAUAUACCUCAUAACAUCUAUGCACAUUAUGGUGUCCGGUCGAAACGAUACAAGCUUAUCUUCUGGUAUAAUCUAGGGUAUGAUUUACCCGGUACGCGUACGGGCGGAGAGACUCAAGAAUGGGAAUUAUUCGAUUGUCAAGCUGAUCCGAUGGAGCUGUUCAACAUUUGGGCCAAAGAGGAAUAUACAGAUAUAGCCGAGAAGAUGCUGAGAGUCUUGGAACGUAAGAUGGCGAACAUUGGGGAUAUAGCGGCUCAUCCAGUGGGGAAGAACAUCCAAGCUAUUCGGAAGCUAUAUCCUGGGCCCGAACAAGUAUCUCGAGGCGCGGCGGCAGUGGGGAAAUCCAAGCAGCAUAAUCUAGACCAUCACGAUUGAUUAGCAAUAUACACAUUUGAAUGCUUCCCGUGUGUGUGUGUGUGAGAGAGAGAGAGAGAUCUGGACCACGAGAUAUGAAGAGAUUUCUAUUUCAGCCUAUAUUGCGAAUCUCCCCGUUCUCUGAGAAAGUGCGAGGGGUCAGUCAGCCAUGUGGGGGGCAGCAGCAGCAGCGGCGGCGGCAGGGACGGCUCUCAGUCAGAAUGAGAGGAGAGAGAGAUACGGAUAGUCGUGUGAGCAGAGAGCAGUCAGUCAGCCAAGCCGCCGCCGCCGCCGCCACGGGUUCGGUGGUACCUUUUUUGUUGUUCAGUCCCCUCAAAAA